AUGCAGGUCACCAAGGCCAGAGCAGAUUUGGGUUUGGGGAACCGCAGGCAGUCCGACUCCCGUGGCAUUGCAGCUAACCCAGCUCUGGUUUUCUUGCUAGAUGAGCUCCCUCUGGAGCAGCACGGCCUCUCUUCCUUCCCUGCGGAGCUCUUGCUGGAGACCAGCACCAUGCCCAGCGCUGCACACGUGGCCUUAACAGAGACAGCGGCGGGGUCCCAGCUGAGCCGGUCUCUUCUCCCCACAUCCUCUCCAUCUGCCACUAGUUUUGAUACGGCCUUUUUAAACCAUGGAAAGCAGACCCAAAGUACAGCAGAUCACAGUGUCUUUGUGGUAAAUUAUGGGUCUGUGACGAGUAAUGAGGUGGCCUUCGGUGACGAUGACAUGGAUAACUUUUUGCCAGAUGCUCCCUGGACUUCUGCACGGAUGGUAUCCCCAACACAGUCCAUCGUGGUCAGCCCACCAGAGCUGCCUGGAGAAACGCCCGAGCUCAAGCCCACUCCAUCACUACCCACGAUUUCCCUAGAGGACCAAGAGGUGACAUCAGCCUGGCAGAGCUCAGCCCAGCCACCAGCGACUUACAUGGAGUCCCCCAGUCAUCCUGGCACCUCUUGGUCAGCUUUUCCCACCUCCGAGGGUAUAAUUCCAACUCUUAAUGGGAACCUGGUGCUUUAUCCUACCGGAACCUACAGCCAGUUACCAAGUAGGACUUGGCCAGAGACAGUGGCUCCAGUCACAGAGGACGCGGGGGCCCUGCCCUCGGGCUCGUGGUCUUCUUCGCCUCCACCGCUAGGUGAUGGCGGUCCCCAACAGCCAUCUCUGCCCCCCGGGGAGGUCUCACAGACUCCACAGCAGGUCCUGGCCACACGCACAGGCACGCACCCCGAUGUGACCACUGCUGAGAGUCAGCGUCUGGAGGAAACUGUCUUUCCACGGCUGGACCCCACCGUCACCGUGUCACAGACGGCCUUUGCUUCCAGGAGCACACAGGCUGCUUCGUUUUCCGCCCCUCCUGCGUUUGUGUCUUUUUCUACUCCGUCAGUGGAUGCUUCACACGACCCCUUCCUUCCUGGAGAUGCCGGCGACACGUCAGAGUCACCUGGCAGUCCUGUGGUCCCCAGUCACAAGGCGGAUACCCUCGUCCUGAGCCCCGCGGCCUCCCUCAGGCCCUACACCUGGUGCGCGUCCUGUGCGGUGGCAUCUCCUCGGCACGUUCUGGCCACAGGUUCCGUGGAGAGAGACGUGGGGUCGGGGGAUGGGCCUGAGACCCUGACGGUGGCCACGCUGGCAGCGAGCAGCCCCUCUCCGUGGAGCAGCGAGGCCACUGACCUGUCUGAGUUGGAGGAAGAUCCUCAAGAUUAUAACACCCUGUUCCCCUCCAGGCCCGUGGUCUCCCUGGCUUCUCCAUCCCUGAGGGUGUCGGAAGCCAGCCCAGGCGUGUCGGCCGAGGUGGGCACGAGCGGCGUCACCAGCGCCCAGGUGUACUCUUCUCUUGACCACCUCUCUGCGCCAGUGUCCCUGGGGCCUGCCUUUGGCUUCUCUCCGGUGGCCGACGCUCGAGGAACGCCAUCCAGUGUGACCGCUGUGUCUUUCUCGGUCACUGCCAGCGUCCUCCUCGACUCGGCUUUCUCUGUCACAGUGAAGGAAAGCACGCCGUCCCUCUGGGUCAGAGACGCGAGUCCGUCCCCCUCUGAGACUCUGGUUCCUCCGGCAGAGCCUUCACUUUUCUCCCACCAGGAACCCCCGGGGGCUUCUGCCCAGGGGUGGCCGACUGUCCUGGAUCUGGCGUCCAGCCUCCCCUCCACGCCUCUGCUGGACCUAGGCAGCCCGGCCCCCUCCUCUUCCCAGGCCCCUGCUGCCCCAUCUCUGAUGCCAAGUGGCCUGUCCCCCAUCACGUCUCAGUCCCUUUCUGCCUGGGUGGCGACCUCGGCCUUGCCUGGCCCUGCCAGUCUGCACUCACCGCCUCUUUCUGCCCCGAGUUCCACAGACCUGGCGCCUCCUCAGCUCUGGCCGAGUGCGGACCUUCCUUCAAGGACUGUCACCUCUCUCCCUGGUCCUUCUGACGUGCCGGUGCUGCCGAGCUUCUCCUCGGAUCCUCUCCAGCUUGCUGGCUCAUCCACGGUCGCGCCCACGGACUCCGACGCCCUUUUGACCUCGGCUCUCGCUGCAACUACCUCCUCUUUUGAGUUCUUGCCCACCCGCCACGGCUCUGCAGCCGCCACGCUCGUGCCCUCCGGCUCCGAGCCCACCCUCGACGUCUCGACUGCUGCGACUCACCCCUGGUCACCGUCCCCUGCUUCCCCUCUGACACCUGUCUUCACCAAGGCUUUUCUGUCCUCGGCUCUGACACCCUCGGAGGACCCGGUCAGUGCUACAGACUAUCACACCUCUGUCUCACCCUCUUCCUCCCAAGUCAUUCCCACCCGUCCAGUGUCCGUCAGCGACGCAUAUCUACCAACAGCGUCCUCACUUGUCCCGUGUGGGAGCUCGUCACCCCUGCCCACAGAGCCACCGUCCACGCUCACAGGCUCACCGGGGGACACAUCCCCUGAGCCAAGCACACCCAACAGCACUGCUGCCCAUACUGUGGACGCUGACCUGAGCAGUGGCACUGGGAGUCCGAGCCCCCCGGAGGGCAGUGUGGCCCCUCCGUUGCCAUCCCUCCACCCUGUGACCACCUCCACUCUUGAAGCGACAGUGAGUACUCCAGCACCGGCCACCACCAAGCCACCUUAUGUGUGUGACAUUACAGUCCCCGAUGCCUACUUGAUCACAACUGUGCUGGCCAGAAGAGCAGUGCAGGAGUACAUCAUCACCUCCAUCAAGGAAGUGCUGAGGAUUCACUUCAACCGCGCGGUGGAGCUGAAGGUUUAUGAACUAUUCACUGACUUCACUUUUCUGGUAACAUCCGGUCCUUUUGUUUACACGGCAAUAUCAGUCAUUAAUGUGCUUAUUAGUAGUAAACUUGUGCGUGACCAAACUCCUUUAAUCCUGUCUGUGAAACCUUCUUUCUUCGUGCCAGAGUCCAGGUUCCAAGUCCAAACAGUGCUUCAGUUCGUGCCUCCAAGUGUGGAUACCGGCUUCUGCAACUUCACCCAGCGCCUCGAGAAAGGCCUGAUGACGGCCCUCUUUGAAGUGAGGAAGCAGCACCAGGGGACGUACAACCUCACGGUGCAGAUCUUGAACGUCACUGUUGGUUCCUCAAGGAUGGCCUCUCGGCGGGGCCCGGUGAAUAUUAUCUUUGCUGUUAAAAACACACAAGGAUUUUUGAAUGGGUCAGAGGUGAGCGAGCUGCUCAGGAACCUGAGCGUGGUGGAGUUCAGCUUCUACCUGGGGUACCCGGUGCUGCAGAUCGCAGAACCCUUCCAGUACCCACAACUCAACCUAUCUCAGUUACUGAAGUCCUCCUGGGUCAGAACAGUCCUCCUGGGCGUUGUGGAGAAGCAGCUCCAGAAUGAGGUGUUUCAAGCUGAGAUGGAGCGCAAGCUGGCCCAGCUGCUCAGUGAGGUUCCCACCAGGAGGCGCAUGUGGAGAAGGGCCACCGUGGCUGCAGGGAACAGCGUGGUGCAGGUGGUCAAUGUGUCCAGGCUGGAGGGAGAUGACAAUCCCGUGCAGCUCAUCUACUUUGUGGAGGAUCAAGACGGGGAGAGACUCAGUGCCGUCAAGUCUUCAGAUCUGAUUAACAAGAUAGACCUGCAGAGAGCUGCGAUUAUCUUGGGGUACCGAAUCCAAGGCGCUAUUGCCCAGCCUCUGGACAGGGUGAAGAGGCCAUCUCCGGAGUCCCAGAGCAGCAACCUGUGGGUCACUGUUGGCGUGGUCAUCCCGGUGCUGGUGGUGAUGGUGAUCAUCGUCAUCCUCUACUGGAAGCUCUGCCGCACGGACAAGCUGGACUUUCAGCCUGACACUGUGGCCAACAUUCAGCAGCGGCAGAAGCUGCAGAUCCCUAGCGUGAAGGGCUUCGAUUUUGCUAAGCAGCAUCUGGGUCAGCACAAUAAAGAUGACAUCUUGAUUAUUCAUGAGCCAGCACCACUGCCAGGACCUGUGAAGGACCACACCACGCCCUCUGAAAAUGGAGACGUGCCAAGCCCCAAGUCGAAGAUCCCUGCCAAGAACGUCCGCCACAGAGGAAGAGUCUCCCCCUCGGAUGCCGACUCCACCGUCAGCGAGGAGUCCAGUGAGAGGGACGUGGGGGACAAGACGCCAGCAGCGGUCCACGAGAGCAAGGCCCACAGAGCCCCACAGAGCGGUCCCCCCUUGCCCAGUUCAGGGAAUGAGCAGCAUUCCUCCGCCUCCAUCUUUGAGCACGUGGACAGGAUAUCGCGCUCCUCAGAGGCCAGCCGGCGGGUUCCCAACAAGAUCCAGCUGAUUGCCAUGCAGCCCAUCCCAGCACCCCCCGUCCAGCACUCCAUCCUGGCUGACCGAGUGGCAGAAACCAACAAAAUCAACAAAGAGAUUCAGACGGCGCUGCGGCAUAAGUCCGAGAUCGAGCACCAUCGCAACAAGAUCCGGCUGCGCGCCAAGCGCCGCGGCCACUACGAGUUCCCGGUGGUGGACGACCUGUCCUCGGGCGACACCAAGGAACGGCACCGCGUGUACCGCAGGGCACAGAUGCAGAUCGACAAGAUCCUGGACCCCACGGCCAGCGUGCCUUCGGUGUUCAUAGAGCCCAGGAAGAGCUCACGAAUAAAACGCUCUCCUAAGCCCCGCCGGAAACACCAGGUCAAUGGGUGCCCCGCUGAUGCGGAGAAGGACAGGCUCAUCACCACAGACAGCGAUGGCACCUACAAACGGCCUCCCGGCGUGCACAACUCAGCCUACAUUGGAUGCCCAUCUGAUCCUGAUCUCCCAGCAGAUGUGCAGACACCAUCCUCGGCUGAGCUGGGCAGGUAUCCGGGCCUGCCCUUCACCCCGGCCUCUCAGUACAUCCCACCCCAGCCGUCCAUCGAGGAGGCCCGCCAGACCAUGCACUCCCUCCUGGACGACGCCUUUGCCCUGGUGGCCCCCAGCAGCCAGGCUGCAGGUGCAGCAGGUGCAGUGUCCGGGGUCCCAGCCAGCCUGCCUGUGAACAGCACCCCUUCCCGCGAGGAAAGGCGAGCCACCCAAUGGGGGUCCUUCUACAGCCCAGCCCAGACCGCCAACAAUCCCUGCAGUAGAUAUGAAGACUAUGGGAUGACACCCCCUUCUGGCCCAUUGCCAAGGCCGGGUUUUGGCCCUGGGUUGCUGCCGUCUUCAGAGCUGGCACCUCCUGAGCCCCAGCAGCCACCGUCGUCAGCGGAAGCUCCAUUUGCUGCCCGAGGGAUCUAUUCAGAAGAGAUGCCAUCGGUGGCCCGGCCCCGGCCUGUUGGGGGCACCACAGGCUCCCAGAUCCAGCACCUGACGCAGGUGGGCAUUGCUAGCAGAAUCGGGGCCCAGCCCGUGGAAAUCCCGCCCAGCAGAGGUGGCCAGUAUGGAGGACCGGGCUGGUCUGCAUAUGGGGAGGAGGAAGCAGGGCGAAGGGAGGCCGUGCCAAGGACUUCGGGCAGGGAGCCCUCAGCUCCUCCCGGGAACCUUCCUCACCGGGGACUGCAAGGCCCUGGCCUGGGUUACCCCACCAGCUCCACGGAAGACCUCCAGCCCAGCCACUCCUCAGCCUCCCUCAUCAAAGCGAUCCGCGAGGAGCUGCUCCGGCUCUCCCAGAAACAGAGCGCCGUGCAGAACUUCCACAGCUGAUGGGCCGCGCCCGCAGGUUGGCCAAGUAUCCGCUUCCCGUGGAAGCAAGACCAAAAGGAAAUCAACUGAGCGGGUGUUUGUAAGCGGAAUGAGCAUCUCCUGGGCAAGCUGCCUGAGUAAGGGAGCAAGUGGCAAUUUUAGAAGAUGCCAUAAGUCACACAACACCCAUGACACUUUUCCUAGAUUGGCAAUUUGGUGGCCACUUGGGUUCAGUUGAAAUGUAUGUACUUUUGGCCAAAAGCCAGCAGCACUUCACAAAAACAAAACAGAAACCUAAGCUAACAAUUUUGUUUAAGUCUCCUUUUUAAAGGCAAAAGAUGAAAAUGUGUAGGUGGUGUCGGGUUGGAAGGAACCCAGCGAUUCCAAGGGAUUCAGACUGACAUGUACGAUGUACCUGCUGCUUUGUUUUCUAAGAAGAGAUUUGAAGACAUUUUAUUAACAGCUUGAUUUCCCCUUUUUUUCUCCAUAGGAACUUAUUUUAAUAGGAAUAUUAACAACAAAGAGUUCUAAGACUGUUGGGAGAUUUUUUUUUUUUUUUUUAAAAAGCUACUAGUGAGAAACCAAAUGAUAGUUUAAGAGCCUGAAGACUCCAAACGAAGCCAUCGCCUGCGUUCUUCCUCCUUUUUCUGGUGCUACAGCCCCAAGGGCCCCUUCGCCUUUGUGUCUGUGAAAUGCAACGUUGGCUUUGCAAAGGAAGAAUGGGUCGAAGGUUUCAUUCUAGAGGGGAAAAAAAAGAAAGAAAAGAAAAGCAACUCCCAAGUGGUGGGAGAAAGCUUAAUAUUUAUUUGGUUAUUCAAAAUACAUAUCGAAAUUUAGAUUUACCUUCUUAAUUGUAUUUGCUGUUUAAUAAUUGGGCAGGUGCAACUCCUGAUGGCAUCCCAUUUCAGCACAUGCCACGGAGGCCAGUCCUACAGAGUGAGGCUUUCAGGAAGUCCUAACUGGUAGAUCCUUGCACUUGGCUCAUGAUCUGCUCACAAAUUAUGUUUGAAUGAGAAGUCUUCUGUAAGCAGAUGUUAUUGAAAACAAUUCCUAGGACCACCAAAUUAUUGUGAAUCCAUCCCUAGUAAUCCGUUCCCUGUGUUCAAGACCUGGAAGUGGAACAGAGUCCGACUCAGACUCUGAAGAGUCAAGAAGAGUUUUGAGACCACGAGGGAAAGGAGAGAGUUUCCCCUCAUUUCUGAUUUUAUUGUGUUAUUCCUUUGUUGAGUGACUAUUAAAACUGUCUCAUGCACCGUGGGCCAGAGAGAGGGGGUCAUCUCUCUUAGAACAUGCUCCUGAAGUUUCCCCACGUCCCGCAUUAGAGUCAGAAAGGGAGUGACUUGUUCUGUUUUCUGGUGCCUGAGUGAAACUCAGAGGAAAUGCAGGCUUACAGAAGAGAUUCCCACUCUGAGCCUCUUUUUAUCAGAUGAAUUAAUGCUUUUGAUUAAACAACAGGUAACAAGGUAGAAUUUGGGGCUGUGCUUUAAUCAAAACCUGUGUACCUGCACCAAGUUUUAAGAACCUGGAAACAGCUAGAACAAGCUUCCAGAGUGCAGUCAUUGGUUCCAUAGUCAUGCUUUACUCCAUCCUUGGCUAAGCUUGAGGUACGGAGUUAGAGUUUGGGGACACAGGGAAAGCCAGUUCUGCGGAGUUCAAGUGUAGCCACUGUUCACCUGCCUGCCACUGAAAGACUAGGGUGCAGGAAGGUAAGUACGUGAGUCAGGUUUUUGUUCCUGUGACUAAAACAUCGGAUGAGAACAAUUUAGAGGAAAAGUUUAUUUGGAGUCAUCAGUUUGAGUCCAUGGCCAUCUGACUUCAUUGCUCUGGGCCCAAGAUGAUGCAGAACAUCAUGAUGGAUGGGUGUGGUGAAGGAGGCUUCUCAGCUCAUGGCAGGCAGGAAGCGGAGAGCAAGGAGCCAGGGACAGAAUCUAAUCGUCAAGGGCAUGUCCCCAGCGCCUAUUUCCUCCAGCCACACCCCACUUGCCUACAGUUACCAACUAGUAGUCCCGUCAGUUAUUAAUUCAUGCUGAGCUUGGAGGUGCACACCUGCAAUCCCAGCUACUUGGAGGGCUGAGGCAGGAGGAUCCUUAGUUCAAGGCCAGUCUGGGCUACUUAAUGAGAACUUGACUCAAAAUAAAAAGGGCUGGGGAUAUAGCUCAGUGGUAGAAUCCCCCUGUGUUCAAUCUGCAGUAUUGCCAAACUCAAAGUAUUAAUCCAUCAAAUGGAUUAAUCCACUGAUGAGGUUACAGCUCAUGAUCUAUCUAAUCAUUCCACCUUGGAACAUUCCUGCAUUGCCUAACACAUGAGCUUUUCAGGGAACACCUCAUAUCCAAAUCAUAACAGUAAGUCGAUCCAAUAAAGGACUGGCAGCCUCUUGUCAGACAGUCCCCAAAGGCUCCCAAUAGUGUAGGAGAGAAGGCCCCCCCCUUCUGGGCUUGAUUUCUUAACCUCUUGGUCCUGGCUUAAUACCCAACUAUCCCUAAAAUGGAUCCUCUUUUCAUGCCACUCAGAAUAUCCAGACUUAGAUACCCAAGCAGAGUUUUAUGGUAGACACUUGAUAGUAAGUUCAAAUCUUGUGACAGCAGGUGGAAUAAAUGACCUUUUCUCUCACGGUUCUGCUUGGUGUCAUAAGUGUUUUACGUAUAAUGUGUCCUAAAAAUGGUUACCUCCUCUGUGUGUUGCAAAAACGGGUCUCUGCUUCAAGGGUGUGUCUGCAAGAGCAGAAUGGAUGCCUUUCAGCUACCACAAGGGGAUUCUGCCUGAAUUCUUAGAACCGAUACACCUUUGAACAGAAGUCAAGACCAAAGAUGACAUGUAACAAAGAGCUGGUGGUGUGUGGCGUGGCAUGGAUGGGUCCUGCGGGCUGCCAGCACUCGGUCAUUGUUGGGAAGCGCCCUUGGUCUGCACUUGUUUCCUCUAAACACCUGCUGCAGUAGUUUACCAGGCACCAAGUUCACUGUACUGGCUCUUGUGGGGUGCACCACGCCCAGUGGGUCUUCAGACACUGGGUUAGUGUUUUUCUACUUAAAAAAAAAAAAGUCCUUCUGUUGAUCAUGCAUAACUUUGAAGUUCCAUUUAUUGGAGCACCCUAAAAUUUAAAUUUUAUAUCUGUAAUUUUUUUCUUGUUUUAGAAAUUCUAGUUGUAACAAACUAUAAAUUGGAGUCAGCAUUUUUAGAGGAGAUUGUUAGAGAAGUGAUUUUUUUUUUUGCAGUCUACUUUAUAACUAACUCCCUGUGUCAGGGGUUCUUUUUCUUAACAUCAUUUUCCUCUUAAUCCACAAGAACAUGCCUCCCCUGCCCUCCUCCCAGGAUCUCAAAUUGUAAGGAAAUGAUGUGUUCCUGUGUGCAGGCAUCCCCCGAGGAGCAAGCAUAAAGCACUGUGAAAAUGUAAACUGUUACCUGUGUGAAUGCCCCAGGAUGGAUGAUGUGACCUGCCAUGAUCUGCCAGUGGGUGGGUUCACGUAUAUGUAUCCAGAGACAAAACUGGAAACCAAGUGUGACUCGUGUUCCUCACUCUUGUUUUAUUUUAAACUCACCGCCCCCUCCCCACUCCCACCAACUUUCAAAGGGCAUCUAUUAAUCAUCUUUCUGCUACUGACUUUCUGCUGUUUCCGGUACCAAAUAGGUCAGCAAUUAGAAUCUAAGUCAGAUAGUACAGAUGGGUAUAAAAGAUGGAAGAGAGGGAAAAAAAUAACAUGGAUUAAAGAUCCAUAAAAUUCAGAGUAUACAAGUGCUUUGGGUACUUGAAGUCAUAAAAGUUGCAUAUUUGGAAGCAAUAAGAUCUUGGGGAGAGAUCAUCUGCAGAACCCACUUUGAUGAAGACAGUGGAAUUGUCCAACUAAGGGUGAGAUGUAUGGGCUGAGCCCCGAGUGGGGAGGGAUAUAGAAAUUAGUGUAUGCUGGCGUCAAAAAUGAACUUGAUCCUGAUCAGCUGCAGUAUGGCAAACCGCACUCUUUAGGGUGAUUCAGAAGAGGAGGAAAUGGUGCUGGAGGAUACAUUUGCUGUCACACAGUAAGCAAAUGACCAAGCCGAUGGAGAUUUACUGAUGAAGAUCUCCAGUUGGGGGGAGGAAGUGGAGUAUAUCAAGAACUGCUAAAGAUCCAAUGUAAAGUGUGCAAAUAGUGAUAAGAAUGAUUCAGAGCAGAUCUUGAUGGCUAGCCAUUCCGUAAUAUUAAUCCUUUGUGGGGCACAGCAGGUUUUAAAUAAAUGUAUUUGCCUUUUUUUAUAGCUACACGUUUUCCUUAAAUUUUAUUUAAUGCCAGAGUGUGUGUUGAUUUUGGUGGCACGUGGUUUUUAAGGAGUGGGUUGUUGCUAACCGGAUUUUCCAGGGCAUGAGACCUGUGGGGCAAGGCACAGGGGAAGGUCUACUGGGGAAGGGUUGGGCUGAAAUGAGUAACUGCGCCCUCUGAGUCUCCCGUCUCUCAUGUUCAGGGUCAGUGUUGACUGCAUUAGCGCGACGUCUUCGAGAGCACUCCAGUAACCAAACCAGUCCCCAGAGGCUGUCUGCGUGGGCGGCACCCCAUGAGUUCAUCAUUAAGCGCCCCUCUCUUGGCCCUCGCACCCUGGAGUCUUAGACAUGGAUGAAUUUGACGCUUGGAAGGACAGCUGGUUAGGUUCUGGGCUUGGGGAGAGGCACUCCUGGUCUAGAGUCCCAUGCUAACUUGAGUUCUCUCGUGGAGUUCUUACCAUGUCAUUUCUACCUCCAGAGCAAGGCUCCAAAGCUGGUCGCCAGGCAGGAGCACAAGGACAUCUGCCUGGGUGCCCACAGAGAGUCCACGUGAGCACGAUGCAUUCCUGUGGGUCAGUCCGUUGAACUUUGUUUUCACGUGUACUCCAACAUGCUGCAGAAUUUUUUGAACUGGUGAGAGGGGUUUCUAUGAGCCACUGCUGUGACAUUCUCACAAAAUGUAUAGACUUCACACUUGUCACCUAAUGAGCAAGGAGGGCCCAUGUUUCAGGUUUCUUUUGAUAUUUUUGGAGGGAAUUGUUGAUGUUUGAACUAGAUCUCCUUGGUCCACUGUUGGGAAGACUUGAAGAAGGAUGGUGACACGGUCCGGCCCUCAUUCCAUGCUGUGUGUGUGACAGCACACCUGCUCAUUUAUCUCAAGAAUGUGUAGCAGAGCCGGGCGCCGGGAUGCGCGCCUGUAAUUCCAGUGACUCGGGAAGCGGAGGCCAGAGGAUCACAAGUUUGAGGGCAGCCUCAGCAACUCCGUGAGACCCUGUCUCAAAAAUAAAGAAAGAGAAUAAAAAGGCUGGGGAUGUAUCUCGGUGAUAGAACACUCCUGGGUUAAUCCCCAUGAGGGGUGGGGGACACAGUAGCAUUGAAGUAUAGGGUAAAAAUAGUAAGUGUCUUUAGAAACAAGCAAUUAGGAAACAGAGAAGCAAUUGGUGUCUUCGUCUGGAACACUUUAGUUCAAUUCAAGGUCCCACAGGGUAGAUAAUGGUCCAGGCUCCUUGCUUUGCCAUCUGACUCUGGGUUUUUUCUGCUCUGGCUUCACUUUGUGUUUAAAAGGUAGUAGGGACUGAGAAGGGAGGGAAUGAUUCUAAUCUCGCUGUCCCUGAUGGCCCAGAACCACCUUCCCGGACUACUUGGAGCAUCAUGGAUGCGCUUUUCUUGUGUCCACCAGAUUUCAAGUGUUCACAACUUGACUCCAAAGUGUGCAGGUUGGGAGUGGUACAGGGACAAGUUCAUGCCAGACACGUGUUCUGCUCCUCUGGCAAAUGUGGGGAAAGAGGACGGGGGUACUAGGGGAACUGCGGCUUAUGCCUUAGCUCAGUUGCUCUAAGUUCCAGGAAAUCAGUUCAGAAAAGAGGGUGGGGGUAGGAAUGCUCUCCACUCGGCCCUCCUCUGGAGCUUCACCUGGGGACCUGGAGCUUAGGCUAGAAUUAACAGGAGGGGUCACCCCGUAGAGUUGCUCUGGGGUGCCCACUUGUCUCCUCGGUGAAGGUCUGUUCUGAUUCUUCCUGCACCCUCUUUCCUAGAUCAUGAACAUUAUUGUAUGAAACUGUGCAGAGAAAAUUGGGGCCAUCGGUGGCAUCAAUACUGCAACUUGAACUUGACAAUCAUGGUUUGCUGGUCUCAAACGGGCACUUAAAUCUCAGUAUGGGUAUAUGAUUUAGUAACUGAACCCUCCCUUCUAUUUGUCGGUUGUGUUUCUACCCUUCAAUUAGCUGCACUGUUUUUCUAAUGUGCUGUAGGUUUUUUGAAAUAAUUUAUGCAAGUGUUUGGUUUCCAUGUUUACAAUUUUUACAGCUUUCCUAGCAUUUUAAAUGGAAAUGUCAAUAAAUGCUAUGAAUCGGUGUCAAA